UAUUUUAUUUGAAGUUACUGUAUUAAAGAACCCCGAGCUACAAAUAAAUUUUGCGUAUCUUUAUAGAUAUAGAUAUCUCUCUCUAUAGUUAUAGCUGAAAGUUAUACCAUACAGUAGAAGUAGUAGCAAUCGUAUUCAGCAUAUCUUCUUAAAUCUGAAGCGUACAUUCAUUAUUCAAGUGUGUUUUUUGGAGAGAAAGAUGCAUAUAUAUUACUCGUAAUUAAUUAAAGUUUGAUAUAGUAACGACGACGUCGCCGCCGCCGUCGAAGAAGAAUACAUACAUACAUACAUAUAAUAAUAAUAAGGGAUCGAAUAAAUGGGGAGAGCACCAUGUUGUGAAAAGACGGGGUUGAAGAGAGGGCCAUGGACACAAGAAGAAGAUGAGCUGCUGGUGGAUUACAUCAACAAGAAUGGCCAUGGCAGCUGGCGUUCUCUCCCUAAACUCGCUGGUCUACUCCGAUGUGGAAAGAGUUGCCGGCUUCGUUGGACAAACUACCUCCGUCCAGAUAUCAAACGCGGUCCCUUCAGCCCUGAAGAAGAGAAGCUUGUUAUCCAGCUACAUGCCAUUCUUGGUAACCGAUGGGCUGCUAUUGCUGCCCAGUUACCAGGAAGAACAGAUAAUGAGAUCAAGAACCUAUGGAACACUCACUUGCGGAAACGCCUCUUAUCUAUAGGCAUCGACCCACAAACCCAUGAGCCAACCUCCAUUUCCUCACCUUUAAUGGGCCCCGUGAAACGGCCUCCAGUCUCACCUUCCACUCGGCACAUGGCACAAUGGGAGAGCGCUAGGAUGGAAGCCGAAGCACGACUCUCAAUGGAAUCAUCACUACUUUUAGCCCCGUCAACACCCUUACCACCCAUCAAAAAAACUAACCCCGACUAUUUCCUACAAAUUUGGCAUUCAGAAGUUGGAAGCUCUUUUAGAAAUAUCACCACCAAAAGCGAAAAGCUCACUUAUUCUAGCCCAGUUUCUCAAGCUUCUGUGUCUGGCAUGACUAUUGAAAUGGCGCCCAAACCAGAAGUUGAACUCUCAUCAAGCAAUCUAGAAGUUGAACCAGAAUCUGAUCUAGAGAAAAUGAAAAUCAUAAAUAUUUAUGCAGGAUUCACACACUCUUCGGGCUCAAGUGAAGUUGAAGACUCAUCUGAUACCGCACUACGGUUGUUUUUUGAUUUCCAGGGCCAAAAUGAUAUGAGCUUCUUAGAAGCCUCUUAAUAAUUAUAGUUAGGCAUUUUCUACGGAUGAAGACUCGAUGCUGGGCGUUGUGUUGUUAUCUCAAAUAUAAUUACUUAACUUGCUAAAGACAACAAUCCGUUCAGUACUUGUGACCUUAACACUGAUCUCUUUUGUUUUAUUUCUUCUGUUGCAUUCACAA